GCGUAGACAGAACAGAGAACAGAGACGCCCCAUGGUAGAGACAGACAGAAUGGAGAACAGAGACACCCCCAGACCUCCUCUCCCAGGAUCUACCAGGUGGAGAAGACAGCAUCGGUGGAAGAGAAGCGCUCCCCUGCUUUGCAGUAGAUCCUGAAAAGAUGACCGUGGCUGGGACCUUCCAUUCAGGGCCAAUGUGUGGAAGGACAUCAUGACCCCUCAGACUAGAGCAUGUGGCCCUAGGGUGUCUAUCAGGCAGCCAGCCUUUGAUUCCACCAUGAAUUGGAGCAUCUUUGAGGGGCUCCUGAGUGGGGUCAACAAGUACUCCACAGCCUUUGGGCGCAUCUGGCUGUCUCUAGUCUUCAUCUUCCGCGUGCUGGUAUACCUGGUGACGGCCGAACGUGUGUGGAGUGACGACCACAAGGAUUUUGAAUGCAACACCAGGCAGCCAGGCUGCACCAACGCCUGUUUUGACGAGUUCUUCCCGGUGUCCCACGUGCGCCUCUGGGCCCUACAGCUCAUCCUGGUCACGUGCCCCUCGCUGCUGGUGGUCAUGCACGUGGCCUACCGCAAGGCUCGAGAGAUGAAAUAUCAAGAGACGGUUGGCAAGGAAGGUGGGCAUCUCUACCUGAACCCUGGCAAGAAGCGAGGAGGCCUCUGGUGGACGUAUGUCUGCAGCCUGUUGUUCAAGGCCAGCAUCGACACCAUCUUCCUCUAUGUGUUCCAUUCACUCUACCCCAGGUAUACCCUCCCUCCUAUGGUCAAGUGUCAUGAGGCUCCGUGUCCCAACACGGUGGACUGCUACAUCGCCAAGCCCUCAGAGAAGAACAUCUUUACUCUCUUCAUGGUGGUCACAGCCAUCGUGUGUAUCCUGCUGAACCUGGUGGAGCUGAUCUACCUGGUGGGCAAGCGGUGUUCCGAGUGUGCAGCAGCAAGAAAAGCCCGUGCCACACACUCAGAGCAUUACCCAGACUGGGUCACCUCCCCCAACAAACAUAAGGACCUCCUCUCGAGUGAUCUCAUUUUUCUGGGCUCAGACACUCACCCCCCUCUCUUACCAGACCAACCUCGAGCCCAUGUGAAGAAGACUGUCCUGUGAUGGGUGCCUGGACUGCACUGGACUGGUGAGGUGUAGUGGGCCUGAAUUGGAAGGUUCUAGCAUCUCUAUAUGGAUGCAGCUGGUGGAGGAAGAGCUGAGUUACAAGUGGGAAGCAGGCAGAGCUUGGGACCCUGCUCCUCAGCUCUGAACACUGACCGAAGCCGUGUGGCCUGGAUCAAGUUACCACUUGGUUCAUUUUCCUUUUCUGUAAAAUGGACACACUGACGUCACCUCACAGGGCUGCCGGAAGAGGGGCUUAAGGAGAUGGGGAAACGCCAUCCUUUGAUGCCUGUGGUCCACAGCAGGGCUAAAUAAAGGUGAAUGCAUUCACAGA